UUACGUUGUUCACUUGCUCGGGAUUCGUUCAAGCAGAAGAUACAAGACGAAGGCAGCGGGUCACAGGGCCACAGUCACUCGGCCUGUGUUCACUCAACCUCCCACCGGCUUGAGGCACCCUAACGUAUUCACGUGUUUAAUGGAGUUGUAGGAGAGACACAGAGAGAGACAGCCAUGAUUGUCCAACGAAGGAGGAACCUUGCGGCUCUUCUGCUCCUGGCGCUGUGUGUGUGCGCUUCAACUAAAGACUGGUCGUGGCGCCCCUUGCAUCACGGCUACCUGAUCGACCCUCGCCCUCGCAGCGCUGCCAUUCUGUCCAAUAACAGACUGGCUGAAGAUGAAGACACCGCCAACACCACCACCACCACCACCAUCACCGCGACCGCGACCCCAGAGACUGAGUCCCAGAUUAGGAGAGACCAGCUAGUCACCACCACCAACACCACCGCCGUCUUGGCAGAGGGGCGUGCCCUCAGGUACCGGCGCCGCGUCAUCACCUGCGGCUACGGGAUGUCUUUUUCCAGGCAUCCACGGAUCAUGACACCGGACAUCAUUCUUGGCACCGCAUACUUCGGGGAAUUCCCGUGGCAUGCCGCCGUGCUUAAGGGUAACAAGUACGAGUGUGGUGCCGUGCUGGUGGACGCCCGCCACGUGCUGACCGCCGCCCACUGCGUGGCUGGGUCCAACACCCGCGCCAUCUGGAUCCGUCUGGGUGAAUGGGACGUGUCCUCCUCCAAUGAGUUAUACAGGCACGUGGACAUGCGCGUGCGAAAGAUCAUGGUGCACCGUCGUUACUACAGCGGGAACAACAUGGUCGACCUGGCCGUCAUCAGGCUAAAGAGAUACAUCAACUUUGACGCCAACCCGCACAUCAGGCCCAUAUGCCUGCCGCCCCACCGCGCUAACUUCGUGGGCCAUCGCUGCGUGGUCACAGGCUGGGGCAUAAACCCCUUAGAGGACCACAACAUGUUGCAGAGAAUCCUACGCAAGGUGGAGGUGCCUGUGGUGGACCGCGCCACGUGCGAAGCCGCGCUGUCCUACAAGCUUCCGAAACGCACCUUCAGGCUGUUCCCAAGUGAGCUGUGUGCCGGGGGCGAGAAGUGGCGCGACGCCUGCAGUGGGGACAGCGGCGGCCCCCUGGUGUGUAAGGACCACGAUGGUGCCUUCCAGCUGGCCGGUAUCGUGUCCUCGGGUUUCAACUGGGGUGUCAAGUGCGGGCAUGUGGGCAUGCCGGGACUGUACGUGAACGUGGCUCGCUACACCCACUGGAUCCACUACAUCACCAGUGCACAAGAACUCCUCUUCCCCCCUCCACACCCAGGCGUGCCCUGGUGACACUAUAAGCAUACAUUAUGCAGCUUUCUUGUGUGUUACGCGUCCUGUGAAGCUUGACUGGCUGUCUGCAAUAUGCAUUUUUGUCGUCCUUUACGGUUUGAUUUAAUACAGCGUUAUGUCAGCAC